GGAAGUCCGUCGAGCGGCUCGCUUAGAGGCCAGGAGGCAUCGUUGGCCACAUGUGUUUUACGAACUGCUUUCUUGUGAAAAAGGAUUGUCGAAAAUGCGCCGUGUUUACGUAAUACACGAGAGCGCAACGCUACGACAAUGUUGCUAGACAUUACGAAUCAAAGAAGAAAGAACCUACGGCGACGAUACGACGAAUGAGAAGAAACAUUACACGGUAUACAAGUAUAACCAUAAAAGAAGAUAAAUUCGUCUCGAAGAUAAAACGAGUCUCCCCAGUAUUCUACCACUUUUGCUCUGCUCGUUAUCGUCGUCUCUCGGCACAUACGGUACGUACUCGUUUAAUUCGGGAAGGUGUAUUUUCGUUCCUUCAGAGGAAAGUACACGAAGUCAGAAAGAUCGUUUAUCGUCAUCGAGUAAGCAGAACGAGCCGAGCAAGGUACGAAAGACCUUACGAAUACGAAAUCUCUCUCUCUCCCUCUCCCUCUCUUUUUCUUUGCUUUUCUUUUAUCAUCCCUCAUUUGGAAAAGGACGAGUCAGCAGUGUGCAUUUCGUAGAGAAAAAGAAACAAGCAUCUCCUUGAAUAGAAAAAAAGAAUAUUAUUUGAGACAUAUAGGAGAAUUUUAAAAGGCGCACGUGGUGAAAGGUUAGAGUAGGAAGAAGAAGAAGGAAUAAGAGAGAGUGAGAAAGAGAGAGGGAGGGAGGGAGGGAUUCUCGAAUCGUCUCUCGCGUGGCACCGUACCGGCGCUGGCAGUACCCAUUUCGUCCGUAGUACUUUCGCCACGAUCACGGCAAAAAGUCUAGUAAGAAAGUUCGAGGACGCGCGUGCGCGAGUUCAUACCGGGAAGAAAAGUACGACGCGACAUUACGAGCAUAACAGCGGAUAUACACCAAGGAAGAGAACGACGGCUGCAACCGCGUGGGGGUGUUGGGUGUGUAUUGUCCCUGCGUGCAACAUUUAACAAUCGACGAAUAGAGCUAAACUGAGAGAGUAGGGGGAAAGGCAAGCUAGAGCGCGCGGGUGUUCUCAUCGUUCUUAACGAUAUUUCACACACCGGCCGAAUACCACCAUGCGCUCAAAGCACGGCACGAUGGUAACACUACUUUAUUAAUGGCCUGAGUGAUCGGGAAUACAUUCGUGGUUAGGAUUCUCGGUCUCUCCUUUCCUCUUUCCUACCGAAUAAGAAAAUAAAUCGACGGGUGAGUCAUUCAUGAAACCGGCGAAUACUUGUGUUAUCUUACAUUUCUUCCCCGUUGGAAAGUAACUAGUGUUGUUUCGAUAAAUUUUAAACGGAAGUGAGAAACUUCGGAAGAAUCGAAAGAAGGAAAAAACCCCGCGUCGCAAGACUGAGAUAGAUAUAGGUAGAGAGAGAGAGAGAGAGAAAGAGAGAGAGAGAGAGAGAGAGAGAGACGACUACGAAGUAUAUAGAGGAGGUGGGACCACCCCAUUGCUGCUGCUGCUGCUGCUGCUGCUGCUGCUGCUGCUGCCUCGUGUUUUUGUGUCUCCGCGCGUGCGAUUCAAGAUGGCGGCGAAGGUGGUCAGCAGCGGCGCUCAGGGAAGUACCGAGCGAGAGGAAGGCCCUGGGGUAUCAUAUGCAAGCGUAGUCAAUCCCAAAGCUGCCUCGAACGAAACUACUACCAGCAGGAUAGUAUCCUCGAGCAAAGGAAACAAUAAGGAGAAUAUAGGCGGCCAAUUUGCCGCACGUCAGGCCAAUACGACCGUUAAAGAACGCAUUGUCUCGCAAAAUCUUCCUGCCAAGGGUAAAUCGUAUCAGAGAACUGGGAGACGAUUUGCGACAGCCACACAACCGCAGCAACAACAACAACUUAGAGUUGAUAAAUGUCAGAACGAGUUUCAGAUUGGCAUUGAUAUAUCUGAAAAGUCUUCAAUGAAAAAGGAGACCGUACACGGUCAACCGGAUGUUGUAUCUAAUACGGUGAUAUCGGAACAAGAAAAAUUAAAUAAUGGGGAUAUUGGAAGCGACGGAGAGUUUCAAACUGUCGCUCCUAAGAGCGCUCGGAGGAAAGAAAAAUUGAGAGAACAACAGAGAGAACACAGGGAACGUCAUAGACAUCGUGAUCACAGAAAUAGAUUGCGUGGUAUUAGCGACGGUAGUAAAGAGAGAACGAUCAAGGAUAGAGAUCGAACCGAUAGAAAUGGGAUCGAACAUAUUCUCAAUAAUAAGGAAGGUAUUAGAGAAAAAGAGACUCGAGAAGAUAACCAAGUCCAAGCGUCUGCUCCAGUGAAGUACGUGGAGGCUCCCUUACCUGCCGUCAAUCCAUGGAAUAAAACGAAACCUCUUCAAUCUUUCGUUCAACAACCCGUCGCUGCUUCUAGCACGAACACUUCGGUCUCUACGGACAAACCAAGCGUAAAGGAGAAGAGAGUAUUGCAACCGCAGCAACAACGCUUACAACAAGGUAUAAUAGAAAAUGGACUUCCUACCACUGCCGAGCCAACGAUCGUUAAAGUUUUAAAAGACAGAAGAAAAGUCAACCAAAGGGCCAGCGAUUUUACGGAUAUCGGAGAUUGGCCAACGUUGGGAGCUCAAGAGAAGAAAACACCCGUGACAACUUCGAAACAAAAUGGUGUUACCGAGCAAAAUAAUGCGAAGGAAAGUAAUGGACAUGCAAUUGAAAGUAAAGGAAAGGAAAACAAGGAUAAUCAAUGUCAGGAUGACAGCGAUGAACACACGGACAGUAGCGAGAAAAGAAAGAAAGGUAAACAUUAGGAUUACA